GCUGGCUGAUAGGGUGGAUAUUUCGCACGUGAUCGUGGUAGGGUGUCUGAUUGCCUUCACCGGCACAGCCACUCUGCUUUUCCCCUCCUUCACUCGCGGUGCCCAGUUGAGCCAAGCGUGGACGCACAGCAGCCCGAGUCGAGGGCACACAGAAGAGAGCGAGGCUACAGAUCUUGCAGGUGCAGAGAUGUCGGAAUCGAAGAGACGCGUUUCGUAUUACUACGAUCCCGACGUAGGCGGCUACACGUAUGGGCAGACGCACCCGAUGAAGCCGCAUCGCGUACGGGUUACACAUGAGCUGGUGGGGGCUUAUGGCAUGCUCGAAGCACCGGGCAUGACUGUCCUGCGCGCACCCCGCGCGACGCCUGAGGAGCUGACGGCCUUCCACACCGACGACUACAUCGACUUUCUGGCGCGCGUGACACCCGAGACGUCGGACCAGCUGACGCAUCAGGGGCAGGUGUUUCUCGUCGGCGACGUGCCGGACAACCCGGCGUUCGAGGGCGUGUUCGAGUACUGCACGAUCUCCGCGGGGGGCUCGCUGGCCGCGGCGCGGCGCCUGACGUCGGGCGCGGCGGACAUCGCGAUCAACUGGGCGGGCGGGCUGCACCACGCGAAGCGCGGGCAGGCGGCGGGCUUCUGCUACAUCAACGACAUCGUGCUGUGCAUCCUCGAGCUGCUGCGCACGCACCCGCGCGUGCUGUACAUCGACAUCGACAUCCACCACGGCGACGGCGUCGAGGAGGCGUUCUACACGACCGACCGCGUCAUGACGUGCAGCUUCCACAAGUUCGGCGACUUCUUCCCUGGCACGGGCACGCAGGCGGACCGCGGGCGCGGGCGCGGGCGCGGGUUCGCGGUGAACGUGCCGCUCGACGACGGCAUCACGGACGAGGCGUACGCGUCGGUCUUCGAGCCCGUCAUCGGGCGCAUCAUGGAGGUGUUCCGCCCCGGCGCGGUCGUCCUGCAGUGCGGCGCGGACUCGCUCGCCGGCGACAAGCUCGGCGGGUUCAACCUCAGCCUCUCGGGUCACGCCGCGUGCGUGCAGUUCCUGCGCAAGCAGCACGUGCCGCUCAUCCUGCUCGGCGGCGGCGGGUACACCGUGAAGAACGUCGCGCGCGCGUGGACGUACGAGACGGCCUGUGCGCUCGGCGUGGAGGACACCGUCCCCGUCGACCUACCGUACACGGAGCACUUUGAGUGGUUCGGCCCGCGCUACCGGCUCGAGGUGAUGCCGUCGAAUAUGGUGGAUGCGAAUCUGCGCGAGGGCAAGCUCGCCAGGGUCCGGGAGCGCGCGCUGGCGCAGCUGGCGGAGUUGGCCACGCGCUGUGCGCCGAGUGUGCCCAUGGCUGACAUCCCGCACGAGAGCCUGGGUGUGCACCUGGGCUUGUUUGCCGACGAGGAACAUGGGAUGGAUGCUCUUGAUGAGCGAGUUGCUCAACACGCUCGAUAUGUGUAUGACCUGCAGGAACCGUCGUCGGACGAGGAUGAGGACGAGGAUGAGGACGAGUACCCAGAACCGCGCAGACAGAUGAGUAUCCUCACCAACCGCCCGAUACCGGAGAAGAGGACAUUCUUCCCGCCGCCCAGACCAGUGGAGAUGGCGCCUUGGGAUCCGCGUCGUAUCCUCCAGAUGAAGUCCAUAGUAUAAACGUCUCUUGAUCUUUCUUGUAUGGCUAUGAAGGGCCCACUAAACCAGUUUCAAACUGUCCUAACAUCCAAAAGAAACGCGGAGUGAUUUGUUCGCUCCUUACCUUGACGACGAGUUUCUCACGAGAUCGGCGAAGGGGAAAGAGAUAUCCGGGUCUGAAAGGCAGGAACCAUAUCUGCGUCCAUCCCUGCUCGGAUCGCAUAGCUGCGGGUGGCUUUUCCGCUACUCUAGACGAGUACCGCACCCGCGUCGGACCGGCUCGUUGUCCAGUCCCUGAUGAUGAGCACGGGUGCACACGCUAAAGCAGCCACCGCGCCAGCUGCUUGAGCGACGUCAUCGCGCCUGGCACGGUCGACUGGCAACGCACGGAGACACGGAGGUACCGCCGAACGGACCCACGGCGUGCCGUGUGAAGGGGGAUCGCGGCGCGAGCACGGGCAGGACUUAUAGCCCGGCGUCGCGUCCUCCUAGAGCCGUCUGUGGAUCGGAUCCGAUCGAUGGGAAUGUUAUCGCUUUUCUGCAAUUCCCGGGGCUGGUGCUUUUUCUGGUUCACAUGAUCGUGCUCUUCUUGAGCACUGCACGGGUGGUUUGGGACGAGGAGUUAACGUCCUUCCGCCUCAAGUUUUAUUGAUACUAUAUUGCGACUAGAUACCUUGUGAACGGGUUCCUGGUUAGCAUUUUCGCCGGAUUGGCAUACGGCUCCUUCUUCGGCAAGUCCCGCCCUCGUGUCUCUCGCACCCGCUUCUCUCUCUCUCCACUAGCACCUCCCCCAUUUCCAGGCAGAGCAUCGCUCGAAUUCGCCCCGAUGGGCUCGCGGGAACCCGCCUCGAGCGGGACCAAACCCAGCGGGACUCCGGCGAGGAUUUGCGCGGGAACUCCAACGGGCCCCACUUGUCCCGCGGCUUAUUCAUGUAGCCCGGAAUCAAGAUGCUGUUGGCGACGGAUACAAUAUCAUGGGGACGGUAAAUCCAGCGAGUGGAACCCGAAUUCCGGUCGUGAGUCUGCUCCCGACGUUCGAGAUCACGGUGAACAGUGGUCUACAACAUUGUUUCGCUUACUGCAUUGGAAAUGCGGUAUGAGCUUGUGCUUCCAUUGGCCAUUGACGGACAGACUACAACAAGCGCAGAUGAACGCGAUCAAGGCAAAGGGAGCUACGCCGAUCAUUUGCGGAAUUCCAGCUCGGAGGCAGCCACGUAAACUGACAUGUAGCCAGCCUCGCAAACUGGCGCCAAUCAUUGGACUGGGACCAGCAUUUUCCCGGAGAACGUUUCGUGCAGUCCUGGACCACUACAGUAUUUCUGAAAACACGAGCAUUGUUGAAGUGUACCAUUACGCCUUUGUAGCCCAAGCGCAUGGCAAUUUGGACAGACCCACUCACCACAUUGUAUCCGAUGGAUCAGCUGCACACCAAUGCUGCUGGAGCGACCGUGGUGGCGCAGGUGUUUUUCGGGGUCUGUUGUGG